ACUUAACUGAACUACAUGUUACUAGUUAUCACAACACAUCAUCCAAAUCUAUAAAAUAGUCCCCACCCAUCCUACUUAGUUGAUCUCACGUUCUCGUCAACAGCAUCUCAGAAUUGAAUCUCUAAGUCAUCUUCUCUUUCGAAUUCACCUUCUCCCUUCUAAUCCCAUCAGCUCACCAUGCAACAAGUAGCACAGCAAUCCUGGGAGCUCGAAAAUGCCGUCACUCUAAUCGACCCGCAGCGUGACACCCUCUACAACUAUGACGAAGAAACCCACAAGACGCUAUCCGCGCAACGGCCAUGGGCCAAGGACCCGCACUACUUCAAGACGAUCCGGAUUUCCGCCCUCGCACUGCUCAAGAUGGUCAUGCACGCGCGCUCCGGUGGGUCGCUAGAGGUCAUGGGCCUGAUGCAAGGUUACAUCCUGCCGGAGACGUUUGUGGUGACGGACGCAUACCGGCUGCCGGUGGAGGGAACGGAAACGCGGGUGAACGCGCAAGAGGAGGCCAACGAAUACAUGGUCUCGUAUCUGCAGUCGUGCCGAGAUGCGGGGCGCAUGGAGAACGCCGUGGGCUGGUACCACAGCCACCCCGGCUACGGGUGCUGGCUGUCCGGCAUCGAUGUCACCACGCAGGAUAUGCAGCAGUUGGGCGGGCCGUUUGUCGCGGUGGUCAUUGAUCCCGAGCGCACCAUCUCCGCCGGGAAGGUCGAUAUCGGGGCGUUUCGCACUUUCCCCAAGGAUUAUGUGCCGCCCAAGGAGGAUCAGGAGGAUGGUGGUGCAGAGGGGACUAGUGCUGGCGGUGACGGGUAUCAGACGGUGCCGCUGAGCAAGGCUGAGGAUUUCGGGGCCCACGCUUCGCAUUACUACUCCCUCGAGGUCUCCAUCUUCAAGAGUUCCCUGGACUCUGCCAUUCUCGACCUGCUCUGGAAUAAGUACUGGGUUGCCACGCUCAGCCAAAGCCCGCUCUUCGCCACGCGCGACUAUGGUAGCAAGCAGAUGAUGGAUCUCAGUCAGAAGGUCCGCCGGGCCACGCGCGGAGUCGAGAGCAAUGCUUCGAGAGGCAAUGCAAUGCAGAUGAGGGAUCACCAGCUGGACCGCGUCGCUCGGGACGGACAGCGCAUCGUAUCGGAGGAGGUAAAGGGACUCCUCGCGGCCGAGGUGAAGAGGAAGCUAUUUCAGGGCAUCGGGCAGGAAAGUGUGACAGACUUAGGCACAAAGCCUAUUUGAGCUAGACCAAGCUAUAAAGUCAGUUAUGCGGUGAAAUGACUUUACCUUAGCUCCUCUCAAUCUCUGGACUAUGAUGUAUUUGUGCCGGUCUCUCUAUAGAGCCAUCCUCGUCACGACUUGGCUCGCUUUGAUUGGCAUCGAUUUUUACCUUGCAGAGCUACGGGAACGGAUUUGACAUCUGGACUCUUUGCAUGUCUGUCCUACAAAGGUAUUUGGUUCCUGCGGCCUGGGGCGGGUGAGCGCCGUCAAUGUAAAUCUAUACACUAGAAAUGAGGCAUAUCCUCAGUAAUAAAACAGGUAAGUACAUGUGUUAAUGGAAAUUG